CGCGGCGUCGGCGUUCUAGCUGCGCCGCCGCAGAGUUCGCACGCACACCGGCUACGCGCGCGCGCACCGAUACGAUCAAUUCAACAAAAUAACAGUUUAAUGUGAAGUGUCAGUGUUCAGUGAACUGGAUAUGCACGAUUCACGGCAAGAAUGAGAUGAAGGGGAGUCCUCACAAGGCAUCUGGACAACUGCCUGUGUUCCUCGGAAAGAUACUGCUGCGUUGGUUGUUUACCAAAGCCGAUCUAGUCUUCUUUGCUUACCGCUUCAUUUGGUAUGCGUGUCAUUUGCAAGUCCGGUCAUCGAUGAACAGCAGCGUCGAUUUCUUCGAGAGCCUGAUCGAUGAGGACGGAAGGUUCGCCGAGCUGAACUGCCAGCAGCGGCAGCGGGCGCCGCGGCCGCGGGCGCGUCAGUUGGCGCAAGCGGAAAACAUCAAUAAUGGCGGGGGUUUGUCGCUGUCUCCGCCUCACACGAUAUCGCAACGGGAGACAGUCACUCAAGUGUCUCAAUGCUACAGUGGGCCCCCGUCCCCUUGUGGGUCCACGAAUUCCGCGCCUUCGCCCACCGUGUCUCCGGCACCACCGCCAGGCACCGCUACCCUGGACCCGAAUUGGCAAGCUACCAAACCCACAGUCAGGGAACGCAAUGCAGCGAUGUUCAAUAAUCAGUUAAUGUCUGAUGUUACAUUCAUUGUUGGUGGACCAGGCCACACAAAAGUAAUACCAGCGCACAAAUACGUAUUAGCUACUGCCAGCUCUGUCUUCUACGCUAUGUUUUAUGGAGGACUAGCGGAGUGCAAGCAAGAAAUUGAAGUUCCUGAUGUCGAACCAUCUGCCUUCCUCACUCUACUCAAGUAUCUAUACUGUGAUGAAAUUCAGUUGGAAGCUGACACAGUAUUAUCAACACUGUAUGUUGCAAAGAAGUACAUAGUUCCGUAUUUAGCGAGAGCAUGUGUCAGCUACUUGGAAACCAGUCUCACAGCAAAAAACGCUUGCCUGCUCCUCAGCCAGUCAAGGUUGUUUGAGGAGCCAGAACUGAUGCAGCGAUGCUGGGAAGUUAUUGACGCUCAGGCUGAGAUGGCCCUGACGUCUGAAGGAUUUGUUGACAUAGAUGUGUCAACCCUGGAGUCAGUAUUAGCGAGAGAAACUCUGAAUUGUAAAGAGAUAAAUCUGUUUGAAGCAGCAUUAGCUUGGGCUCAGGCAGAAUGCCUCCGAAGGGAAAUAGAGCCUUUACCAACAAACAAAAGAGCUAUGCUUGGAAGUGCCAUAUAUCUUAUCAGAUUUCCUACAAUGACAUUGGAGGAAUUUGCUAACAGUGCAGCACAACUCGGCAUUUUGACCCCACAAGAAACAAUAGAUAUAUUUCUACAUUUCACUGCUGCAAGUAAACCACAACUCUCAUACCCUGUAAAAGCCAGAGCAGGUUUGAAAGCCCAGAUCUGCCACAGAUUCCAAUCAUGUGCAUACAGAAGCAAUCAAUGGAGAUAUCGCGGUCGCUGUGACUCCAUACAAUUUUGCGUGGACAAGAGAAUUUUCGUCGUUGGAUUCGGACUGUAUGGCUCAUCUAACGGAGCCGCCGAUUACAAUGUGAAAAUCGAAUUGAAAAGGCUAGGAAGGGUUCUGGCCGAGAAUAACACAAAAUUCUUCUCAGAUGGAUCAAGCAACACUUUUCAUGUGUACUUUGACAACCCAAUACAAAUUGAACCAGAAUGCUUUUACACAGCUUCUGCAAUUCUCGAUGGAAGUGAAUUGAGUUAUUUUGGCCAAGAAGGUUUGAGUGAAGUCUAUAUGGGAACAGUUACAUUUCAAUUCCAUUGUUCAUCAGAGAGUACCAAUGGUACUGGAGUGCAAGGCGGUCAGAUACCCGAGCUGAUUUACUAUGGCCCCACAGUCAAUACCACCAUCACAAAUCCAAGUACAAAUGAGGACUGACAGUUGAGUAGAUCCCGACCACUCAAUUAUUAUUCUGUAUGAAGAAAGGCCAGAAAUAUAAAUUUGCAAUAUAAUUCGAAAACUAACAUUGAGGUAGAUAUUUAUUCAAUCAACCAUUCCUUAAUAUUAUAUUGUUUUGUUGAAAAUUUGAAGUUCUUGUGUAUAUUGUUGAACUUGACUAGCGAAUAA